AUGAAGUAUCUAGAAGGAUCCAGAAGAGAGAAUUCAACUACAGUAACUGAAUUUAUACUUGUGGGCUUGUCGGACCUCCCUGAGCUGGAGGUGCUUCUCUUUUGUAUGUUUUUUCUGAUCUAUAUCAUCACCCUGAUGGGAAACGUACUGAUCAUCAUGGUCACAGUGAACCCAUCACUUUGCACCCCCAUGUAUUUCUUCCUGAGAGUCCUGUCCUUCUUGGACAUUUGUACUACCUCUGUCAUUGUCCCCAAGAUGCUGGAGAACUUUCUGUCCAAAGACAGGAGCAUUUCCUACAUGGGCUGUGCUGCUCAGAUGUACUUCCUGCUCUUCCUAGGGGCUUCUGAGUGCUUCCUUCUGGCAGCCAUGGCAUAUGACCGCUAUGUGGCCAUAUGCAACCCACUAAGAUAUACAGCCAUCAUGAACAGAAAGGUUUGUCUUUUACUGGCAGUUUUCUCUUGGUUCAGUGGUAACUUGGUGUCCAUGGUGCAGACAGCUUGGGUGUUCACUUUACCCUUCUGUGGGUCCAACAGGAUUAAUUAUUUCUUCUGUGACAUCCCCCCACUGAUUAAACUUUCUUGCAUUGACACUUCUCUGUAUGAGAUGCAGGCAAUGACAACCACAGUACUGGUCAUCUUUAUUCCUUUUUCUCUCAUUCUUGUGUCCUACAUCCGUAUCAUCUCCACCAUCAUGAGGAUAACCUCAGCGGAGGGUAGGCACAAGACCUUCUCCACCUGCUCCUCACACCUCAUGGUGGUGACACUGUAUUAUGGGAGUGGGAGCCUGAUUUACUUGCGACCCAAGUCCAGUUACUCACCAGAAAGCAACAAAGUCCUGGCUCUGAUGUACACUACCAUCACUCCCAUGCUGAAUCCCAUUAUCUACAGCCUAAGGAACAAAGAGGUGAAAGGGGCACUGAGAAGAGAGAAGAUGAAAGUGAUUUCUCACUAA